AUGUUCAAGCCAACUUCCCCCUUACUCAGUGGUCUAUUAUGGAAAAUUCCCUGGCGGCUUUCCAGCCCACAGAAGGCUAGGCAACGGAAACGGUUAAGAGCAGUCGAUAGCGUCGUUGACACGGUCUAUGCUGCGCUGGAGAGAAACGGACUUGGAGCAACGAAGCCUGUUGAACGGUGGUACCGUGAAAUGCCUAGGGAGGAGGAGAUGCUGCCGAGAGACAAAUAUACUAUCUUCGAUCGCAAGGAGAAGAAAUACCGCAAGGGAAUACAUAAACUCCCCAAAUGGACUCGUGUUAGCCAGAGAGUCAACCCUCCCGGCUUCUAA